AUGAAGUAUUGCUUUAGAGGUCAUGUCAUGCAUCCCCUCUUAAUCUUAUUUACUUUCUUUGGCUUAUGUUCAUGUCAUAUCAAUGAUAAUGUUGACAGGAAAAUUCUUGUUCUGCUAGAAAAUCUUGCUAUCCGUGAAACUCAUUCAUCAUUCUUUAAGAUGUUAAAAGAUAGGUCAUAUGAAUUGACGUACAAAUUUGCUGAUGACUUUUCACUUAAUCUUAUGAAAUUUGGUGAAUACGCGUUCAAACACCUCAUUAUCUUUGCUCCAUCCGCCAGGGAAUUUGGUGGAAAACUUGAUGUCAAGUCGAUCGUUAGGUUUAUAGAUGAAGGUGGGCAUGUAUUGGUUGCAGGCAGUCCAGAUAUAGGUGAGGCUAUUCGAGAACUUGGAAGUGAGUGCGGAGUUGAGUUUGAUGAAGAUAAAACAUAUGUCAUCGAUCAUCUAAAUUAUGAUAAAAAAGAUGAUGGAAAACACACUUUAGUAGUUGUUCCUCCUGAUAAUCUUGCUAAUUUGCCUAUAAUCACUGGUACUAACCAUAGUAAACCCUUCUUGUAUCGUGGCGUCGGGCUUUCAGUCGACGUGGAAAAUCCUCUUUUGACUGAUAUUCUUCAUGGCUCAUUAACUUCUUAUUCGUAUAAUCCGGACAAGCCAAUCAAUGAUUACCCCAAUGGUGUAGGGAUUAAUACAGUUUUGAUAGCGGCGCUCCAAGCUCGAAAUAAUGCACGAUCUGUCUUUAUUGGAUCAUUGGAAUUUUUUUCUGAUGAAUUCUUUUCCUGGAAUGCUGAGAAUGCAUAUACUGGUAAAAUGUAA